UUUAUAUUUCAGAAUCCAAACUUAGCGCAUGAGGUUCGUGAAGCUGCCACUCCAGUACAUUUUAGACUUCUUCGAUCAAUUGGGAACCUAUCAGAUGGCGUAAAACAAAUCUGUGAUAUGAGAGCUAAUUUACUGAACGAUAAAUCUGUGGCCUCUCUACUACACCGUCUUGAGGAGUCAGCACGGGAACUUCUCCUCGUGUGGUUCUGUCAGAGUAGUGUUAAACUAGAAAGACUGACUUGGCAAUCCCCAGGUGAUAUUCUUUAUAAGGUAGCAAACCACGAAGCAGUCCAUCCUGUAAAGGGUCCUUCUGACCUCAUGAAGCGUCUCGGAAAUCUCAGAAGGUGUUACUACUUUUCUCAUGAGGCGAUGCCAAGGGAGCCAUUAGUUAUUGUUUACGUGGCCCUGCUCAAUGACAUCGCCGAUAAUGUGCAGCAUUUGGAUUCACCCGAAGAUGAGUGCACUACGGCGAUCUAUUAUUCCAUAACAGCGACACAACCAGGAUUGUCUGGAAUUGAUCUGGGGAACAUGCUGAUCAAAAGUGUUGCGAAACUUCUUCAUUCUGAACUUCCUUCUAUUCGAACACAUUCCACGUUAUCACCAGUUCCGGGGUUUCGAACGUGGAUGCUACGGAACCUACAUGGAAGCUCGUUGUCUGUUUGUGCCGAAAUUUCAGUGAGGGAGCAAGCGUCAUUGUCGCUGAAAGAGAUAGAGAUGUUGAAAUAUGUUUUCCUUCGUUCUUGUAGCCAUUACCUUUGUUCAAGACGACAAAAUGGAUUUGCCUUAAACUCCGUAGCCAACUUCCAUCUAAAAAAUGGUGCUGAAAUAUACAGGUUGAAUUGGAUGGGUGACACAAGCGAUCGCGGAUUGAACAACAGUAUUGGAAUUAUGGUUAAUUAUAGUAAGCGUCGUUUCCAUUUCAAAGGCACUUACCAUGCUGAACAUUUAUUACAUUUUGAUCACAUAGUCUAA